GGCCAGCUUGUCAAACAAGCAACAAUAACUCGUCUAUCUUCCUUCCCGAGCUUCCACUGCUCGCUCUUUCCAUUUUCUUCCUCUCUCUAGGGUUUUUUUCACUCUUUCCAACUCACACUCGCGAGAAUAUGAGCCGUCAUCCUGAAGUAAAGUGGGCAGAAAGGGAGGACAAGGUUUAUCUUACAGUGCUGCUUCCUGAUGCCAAAAAUCCGAAGGUUAAUGUUGAUCCUGAUGGAAUGUUCACGUUUUCUGCAACGGCUGGGGCAGACAACAAGAUCUAUGAACUCAAAUUAGACCUGCUUGAAAAAAUUAAUGCAGAGGAGAGCAAAAUAAACAUAGGUGUUCGGAACAUAUUUUGUGUCUUGGAGAAGGCAGAGCCGAAAUGGUGGAAAAAGUUGUUGCGUGGGGAUGGAAAACCACCGCACUACUUGAAAGUAGAUUGGGAUAAAUGGGUGGAUGAAGAUGAUGACACUGGUGGACCUGCUGAUUUUGAUUUGGGUGGAAUGGACUUCUCUAAAUUUGGUGACAUGGGUGGAAUGGGAGAUGAUGCUAUGGGGGAGGACUUCGAUGAUAGUGAUGAUGAAGAUGUCAAGCCGCAGGAGUUAGAAGAGAAGGAUAAGGAUGUAAAGGAAGGGGCUGAAGCUUCAACAAAGGACAAAACUGAAGCUGCACCAAGUUCUUGAGUGCUAUUCAGCGCAAAAUGAGUACAAGUCUUGUUGGUUCGAGUUUAUUACAGUAUACUAUCUGAGCUUAACCAUGGAUUAUUUGGUGUUGUGUAAUUUUUAUCCGAGUUUAUGGGUUUAGACUGCAGGAUUGUGUUUGGCACAAGAUUAUUGGUGGUCUGGUCCGAUCUGUGUUCAUGGACUGUGUCUCUUGUAUCUGAGAAUGUUAAAAUUUGAAACUACAGGAGGGAGGGAACAUGGCCAACCCGGCCCGGCUUGGUUCUUAA